AUGACACCGGUGACUCUAACAGCUAAUGAACGGCACCGCGUGGAAGGUUUGUACCAGGUGUGCAAUCCAUACCAUCUUCUGCUGACAGAAGAACCUUUCAACCACCACCGUUCGCCACUGUACGCACAGGGCCAGCUGCUCCACCCCCAGCCCACGGUGUACGAGGGGCCCCCUGGCAGCUACUUCGGCUUCUCCCUGGAUUUCUACGUGACCAAGGACAGGACAAGCGUGGCAGUGGGGGCUCCCCGCGCCAACACCUCGCAGCCUGGAGUGGUCGAGCCUGGUGCUGUCUUCCUCUGUUCCUGGCCGCCUGAAGACCCCCCGUGUGACCCUGUCCCCUUUGACACUGCGGGGGAUGAGACGGAGACCAGUAGCUCCAUGAAGCUCCAUGUCUACAAGUCCAACCAGUGGCUGGGGGCCUCCGUGACCAGUUGGCAUGGCACACUGGUGGCCUGCGCCCCGCUGCAGCACUGGAACGCCAUCCAGGAGGACCUCGAGGCUUUCCGCACCCCAGUGGGUGCCUGCUUCAUGGGAGCCGCAGGGCUGCGCCGCUUCGUCUGGUACUCGCCCUGCCGCAGCACCCAAAUGGCCUCCGUCUACAAGGAGAACAAAUACAUCCUUGACCAGCGCUACUGCGAGUUGGGCUUCAGCGCGGCUGUCACCUCGGAUGGCAUGCUGGCGCUGGGUGCCCCCGGCGGGUACUACUUCAGGGGGCUCCUCUAUUUGGGCAAAUUGGAUUCCAUCCUCGCCCGCUUCCAUGGCAAGUCCCUGGUUUGGAUAGAGGGCCCCAGGCGCCCCACGGUAGAGCAGACAUCCGUGGACUACGAGGACGGGUACCGGGGGUACUCGGUGGCCGUGGGCGAGUUCGACGACAAUCCCAAAACCAAGGAGUACGUGGUGGGGGUCCCCAACAAAAGCAACACGACAGGCGAGGUGGAGAUUUUCAGUGAGGGGAUGAGCCUGCGCCGGAUGCAGGGCAUCGCCAGCGAGCAGGUGGCUUCGUACUUCGGGCACACGGUGGCUGUGGCCGACAUCAACGGGGACGGGCGGGAUGACAUUCUGGUGGGCGCCCCGCUCUACAUGGAGCGGCAUCCCGAGGGCAAGCUCUCCGAGGUUGGCCGCCUCUACCUGUACCUGCAGCGGGGACAGUGGUCCUUCGCCAAGCCCCCCCAGACCCUGACGGGCACCCACCCCUAUGGCCGCUUCGCCUCCGCCAUCGCCAGCCUGGGGGACCUGGACAAGGACGGCUACGGCGAUGUGGCGGUGGGCACCCCGUUUGGGGGUGACAGCGGCAGUGGGCAGGUCCUCAUCUUCCGCGGGCAGAGGGAAGGGCUCGAGCCAGUGCCCACCCAGCGCCUCAACAGCCCCUUCCCUGGCCCCGCUGCCUUCGGCUUCGCCCUGCGCGGUGCCACGGACUUGGACGGCAACGGCUACAUGGAUCUGCUGGUCGGGGCUUUUGGGGCCGCCAAGGUGGCCGUGUACCGGGGACAGCCCGUGGUGGUGGCCCAGGCACAGCUGAGCGUCCCCAGUGGGCUGAACCCUGAGAAGAUGGCGUGUGUCCUGCCCGACUCCGACACCCACGUCAGCUGCUUCCCCGUGGUGCUGUGUGUCAGCGUGACGGGUCAGAACAUCCCCCAGAGCAUCCGCCUUGAUGCCGAGCUGCAGCUGGACCGGCUGAAGCAGAAGCUGUCCAGGAGGGUGCUCCUGCUGCAGGGCCACCAAGCAUCCUGGCACCGGAUGCUGGUGCUGGCCGUGGGGACGUCCCCGCUCUGCCACAACCUCACUGCCUACCUGCGGGACAAGGCUGACUUCAAGGACAAGCUGAGCCCCAUCGUCACCAGCCUCAGCCUGGCACUGGCCUCGUCACCGGGUGCCCAGGGGCUGGGGCUGGUGCUGUACGGGGACACCCUGGUGCAAGCGCAGACCCACAUCGUGCUGGAGGACUGCGGGGAGGACAACGUCUGCGUCCCUGACCUCAGCCUCGCCGCCCACACGCCAGGCACCCGCCUGCUGAUCGGGGCUGAGAACGUGGUGUGCCUGCACGCCCGUGCCACCAACGCGGGUGAAGGUGCCUUCGAGGCCGAGCUGCGGGUGCAGCUCCCAGAGGACACCUACUACCAGAAAGCCCUCAGUAACAUCCAGGAGAAGCUGAGCUGCAUCCCCAGGAAGGAGAACGGGAGCCGCGUGGUGCUCUGCGAGUUGGGCAACCCCAUGAAGGCAGGCGCCCAGAUCACUGUGGACAUGGAGCUGAGCGUGACUGGGCUGGAGGAUGUGGGCGAUGCCAUCACCUUCCAGCUCCAGCUCAGGAGCAAGAACAGCCCCACCAGUGCGGUGGUGACGGUGGUGGUGCCCGUGGAGGCGCAGGCGGCGAUGGAGCUGCGAGGGAAGUCCCUGCCCACCACCAUGGUGCUGCCCACGAGCUGGCACGGGGCGGAGGGCAGCCGCCGGCUGGAGGACCAUGGCAUCCGCGUGGAGCACGUCUACCAGCUCCACAAUAAGGGCCCGGCCACCGUCACCAAUGUCAGCCUGCGCCUCGACGUCCCCACUGAGAUCAAUGGCCGCAUCCUGUUCUACCUGCUGGAGCUGGGCACCGAGGGUGGCAUCAGCUGCGCCCAGCCACCCGACCUCAAUCCCAAGCAGCUGGAAAUGCCCCAACCCACAGGCGUGGGACCCCGCAACGGCACCCACCGGCGGGAGCGCAGGGAGGCGGGUGAGCCGGUGGCCAUGGCGCUGGAGAAGCCCAUCCCUGUGGACUGUGGCAAUGCCACCUGUGUGGAGGUGACGUGCUGGGCACCCAGCCUGGCCAAGGACCAGCGGGUGCUGGUGAGCGUCCGCGCCCUGCUCUGGAUGGACACCUUGCAGCAGCGGGAACACCUCUUGAAGCAAUUCCUCGUCCAGUCACGGGGCUUCUUCAACACCUCAGCCAUGCCCUACCGUGUCCGGCCCCACGCCCUGCCCACCGGCAAGGCCGAGGCUGCCACUGAGGUGAUGCGCGCCAGCCCCGAUGGCAAGCGGGACGUGCCGGUGUGGUGGGUGGUGCUGGGCGUCCUUGCGGGGCUCCUGCUCCUCACCCUCCUCAUCCUCCUCAUGUGGAAGAUUGGCUUUUUCAAGAGGACCCGGCCACCCAUGGAGGAGGACACGCAGGAGCCGGGACAGGCCCGGGAGAUGGGGGGCACCCAGAGCUAG